AACUCAGCGGGUGCAGCAGCAUCUAUGGAGCGAAGGAAAUAGGCGAUGUUUCGGGACGAAACCCUUCUUCACACUGGGUGGGAACUGUUCUCAUUGCUUGAGGUCCGACAAGGUGAAACUCCCACGAUUCCAUUGCCUGUUUCUCCCCAAUCUGCCGCUGAUGGACACGUGGGUGAAAGUGACGAGAACGUGGAGCGAAGCAACUGGUCCUCGAAGACCGACUACCUGCUCUCAGUGAUCGGCUGUGCUGUGGGUCUGGGCAACGUUUGGAGAUUCCCUUACCUGGCAUACAGGAACGGAGGAGGUGCGUUUCUUAUUCCUUAUGGAGUCAUGUUGGCACUUGCAGGAAUGCCCAUGUUUUUCUUAGAUUCUUCCUUUGGGCAGUUUUCCAGCAUGGGACCUGUUGGAGUGUGGAAAGCCGUGCCAAUUCUACAAGGUGUGGGGAUCACUAUGGUCCUUUUUGGGGCAAUUGGUGAAAUUUACUACAACUGCAUCAUCGCCUACAGCCUGUUCUACCUGUUUGCUUCCUUCCAAUCCCCGCUACCGUGGUCAGACUGCUUCAGCUGGUGGGGUGCGGAUGAAACCUGCAGCCGGACACCCAGAGAUCCCCUCUGCAACCUCACUCUGGACGGCGAGUAUUCUGGAACCGUUAAUACAACUUGGCUGCAGGCAAACAACAAAACCUGUUCCAAUGGAUCAGAAAUCCAUGUUCCUCACCAGGGUCCAAGCGAACAAUACUGGGAUAAGGGGGUUCUACAUCGGUCAACGUCAAUAGAUGAGAUGGGAGAGAUUGUUUGGAACCUGGCUCUCUGUCUACUUCUAGCCUGGUUCAUCAUCGGGGCCACUCUGUCUCGAGGAAUCAAAUCUUCAGGAAAGGUGGUUUAUUUCACUGCAACAUUCCCGUACGUGGUUCUGACCGUACUUCUGAUCCGGGGACUGACCCUGGAGGGAGCCUGGAAAGGGAUUGAAUUCUAUAUUGGAAACCAGUCGGACUUCUCAAAGCUAGCUGAUGCUGAGGUCUGGAAAGAUGCAGCAACACAGAUUUUUUAUUCGCUAGCAGUGGGUUCCGGCAGUCUAAUAACCCUAUCAUCCUACAACAAAUUCCACAACAACUGUUACAGAGACACCAUCAUUGUCUGUGUAGUGAACUAUGCCACGAGUGUGUUUGCCGGAUUUGUCAUUUUCUCCGUCCUGGGACACAUGGCUCACGUACAGGAUAAGCCUGUUUCAGAAGUCGCUCAGUCAGGUUUCGGUUUGGUUUUCAUUGCCUACCCAGAGGCUCUUGCGCAGUUACCAUGGGCUCCUCUAUGGUCCGUUUUAUUUUUCUUCAUGCUGCUCACGCUGGGACUCGACAGUCAGUUUGCCGCUCUGGAAACAAGCAUAACAAUUCUGCUGGACAUGUUCCCUUCAUUUCUUCGGACAAAGCGCCUUUCUGUGACGAUCGCCAUUUGUUUGUCAUUCUAUGUCCUUGGCCUUGUAUAUGUGACACAGGCUGGGAUUUACUGGAUCAACUUACUUGAUCAUUUCUGUGCCGGGUGGAUUCUCAUGACAGUGGCUCUUCUGGAACUCAUCGGCCUGGGCUGGAUCUAUGGGGUGAACAGAUUCAUCAGGGACAUUGAGACGAUGAUUGGGGAGAAGGAUUGGAUGUUCUGGCUGUGGUGGAGAGUGUGCUGGUGUUUUAUCUCACCGUGCUUGUUGGUGGUGGUCUUAGCUUGGUCUUUGGUCACAUUCACCCCACCAACAUACGGACUCAUCGAGUACCCCACCUGGGCAAUAGCUCUCGGCUGGUGUACAAUCAUCUUCAGCAUUAUGUGGAUCCCCAUCAUUGCCAUUGUGAAAGUUGUCCAAGCUGAGGGCUCCACAUUGUACCAGAAGAUUUCUGCUGCUUGUGUGCCAGCACCUGAUUGGGGUCCAUACUUGGAACAGCACAGAGUGGAAAGAUACAGAAAUAAUCCAGAUUUGCAGAAGCUCUAACAGUGUUAUACCUCUUGCUGCAUUUAAGACAUGAAAAUUUAAGGCAAAUUUUCUGUUUGCAUUGAACUUGAAAUUCACAUCAUAAAUUAAGUGGAAGGUCUUCACAACAGAUUAUUAUUCUACUGGUUAUACGGCUUCCUGAGUUUCCAAAAAAAAUUUUCCUGAGAAAAAAGUUUCCAAAAGCACCAAAGUGCUUUUAUCACAAAAGGGGAUACUUUAAUAUAGUUCAGAGAUACAGCACGGAAGUAGGCCCUUCAGCACACCACCGACCACAAAUCACCCAUUCACAUUAGUUUUAUAGUAUCCCAUUGUCCCAUCCCUCUACACUGGGGACAAUUUACAGAGGCCAAUUAACCUACAAACCUACAUGACUUUGAGCCAUGGGAGGAAAACCAUGCAGUCAUGUGGAGAACGUGCAUCUUCACACAAACAGCACCCGAGGUCAGGGUUGAACCAGGUUUCUGAUGCUGUGAGGCAUCAGCUCUGCCAGCUGCGCCACUGUGCUGCCCAGGGUUGAUAGAUUGAGUGUUGUUGCUCUGAGUACCAAUGAUCAGAAUGAUGAGAAAAAUUGUGCUUUCAGAAGAGUUUAUUGCAUUUACAGGUCUUUUAUGUACAGCAAGUAAGAAUUUCAAAUAUUAACUCCACCAGAAUUUCCAUUGGUUAACUAUGCCUAAUUCAGUAACUUUCUGUGAAUCUCUGCACAGCAGAAUAAUUUUGUACAUUCAAUUCUACAGUUGCUUGAUUUUGGAAAACUAUUAAAACUGCGUGGCUCUUUCUACCAGUUCUGCUCUAACUGAUAAAACUUCUCUUUUGAUAAGUAAGGAGAGGGAAGAAUUACAUUUCAUGUUUUUCUUCACUCCUUACAAUGCUAUGUACGACAGU